AGCUAGACAAAGAAGACUCCACCAUGUAAAGGAGAGGUCCGUUGUGGGUCCUUAUCACUCUAAUCCGUCCAUUAGAACAUGCCCACCCAGGAAAGAAAGAGAUCUCCACCCUCUAAUGAUGACUGCAAAAGACUUAGACAGCUUCUCCAACUCCUAAAUGCUCCACUUAACAAACAACAGCUUCCAUCCAUAUCCUCAAAGAAAACUGUAAAUGUCGGCCAUCAACAAUGGCCGUGUCCCCAGGGCAGGAGCGUCCAACACCAGCAGCAGUCAACCGAAAGUCUAGUCCUAGAAAAGUUCAACUUAAAGUACCAGUCCCAAAGACAGUUUGUGAAUCAUCCCCUUCAUGAAAAAUUUUCAGAAGUUUUCUCAGCACUGAUCAAACAGAGAGUAUGUUGUGUGGACUGGAUCACCUCUGCUCCUCCAGAGAAUGUCCUUCGAUUGGUGACCUGCCUCCGGAUCCUGAUGAGAGAUCCGGAAUACCAGAAGGUCUUCUACUCUCUAAGUGGACUUCAAGUCCUCACAGAGCUGUUCACCAAAGCAACCAAGAGCUACCUACUCUAUGGAGACUCACCUUAUCUAGUGGAUAUACUGAAGGAAAUGUCAAACAUUUUCCAGAAGUUUGCUGCUGUGAAUGAGACACAGAGAGAAUGGCUGAUUGAGUGUAAAGUUCAUGAGGGACUCCUUCUUUUGCUACGCGGCCAUGGCGAUGACCUUAUUGCACUCCACUGUGCUCUACAUGCUCUUCUUGCCUUAGCUCAAUGCCCAGAAGCCAGGAAGCUGAUUGCAGAGAGAAAUUGUGCUGAAGAUUUGCUGGAAAUUAUAAAGGACUAUGACAGUUUGUCCAAAAAACUGGCGGCCAAGCUUCUUCAGAGACUUUGUCAUGAACGCUCGUGUCAGGAAUUGGUGCAGGAGCACCAAGGCAUCCCCAUUCUUCUGAGUCAGUUACACUUUGAUAAUGUGAAUCUUCUCCUCCCUGUUAUCCAGUGUUUAAUCCACAUGUGUACUUACCCCGAGGCCAAUAAAGAGAUUCGGCAAAUGGGAGGGAUACCCACAAUUCUAUCUCUACUGAGGAAUGACAGAAAUUUCAUGACGGAGCGAAGUGAGAAUGGUUGUGGAGCAGCGAGUGCUGGACCACAUGGCAGAUCAGCCAUGGAAGAUGCUGAGGAACUCAUGGAUCAAAAAUAUCAAGUGAAAUGUGCAUGCUGUACGGCGUUAACAGAACUUGUCAUGAACGAUGCUAAUGCACAACAAAUUGUUCAGUCAAACGGGAUUUAUACCCUGGGAUGUUUAAUUUUACCCCCGUGUGAAAAGUGCUCACCUGAAGAAACAAAACUUUGUAAAAGUCUGCAGAAAUACAGUUUUCGUGCUCUUCGUUUUUUGUUCAGUAUGGAGAGAAAUCGACGUCUGUUUAAGCGAUUAUUUCCUGUGGAUUUAUUUGAAAUGUUUAUUAACAUUGGUCACUAUAAACAAGAUUUGAAUGAAUACAAGCCACUGGUGGAAAAAAUUAAUGGCUUGACUGCUGAGGUGGUGGAGGAAAUUCUGGUUAACAUCCAGGAAACAAAUCUAAACCGAUCUCCAACUCGCCAUAUUGGAGACUACUCUGUGUUCGAAUUGUUAGGGAAAGGUGCUUUUGGAUCUGUAUAUAAAGUGUGUAAGGGGACUGCUGGUCAGACCUUCUUAGCCAUGAAAGAGAUAAAUUAUGAGUCGCCUGCCUUUGGUCGGAAUUCACAGGAACGAAAUCAAAGUGUAGGGGAGAUAAUCAAUGAAAUCGCCAUAAUUCGGAAACAGAUGAAACACCCUAAUAUCGUCCGUUACUAUAAAACAUUUGUACAAGAAGAAAAAUUGUAUAUUGUGAUGGAACUGAUAGAAGGGGCCCCAUUAGGGGAACACUUCAAUUCACUGAAGGAAAAGAACAUGAAGUUUCCAGAGGAUAGGAUAUGGAACAUUUUUAUGCAGUUGGUGCUGGCACUGAGAUACCUACAUAAAGAGAAGGGGAUCCUUCAUAGAGACCUGACCCCUAACAACAUCAUGUUAGGAGAGGAUGACAAAGUCACUAUCACUGAUUUUGGCCUAGCCAAACAGAAGAGAAGUGACUGCAGUAAGAUGACGUCAGUAGUGGGCACCAUUCUCUAUUGGUGUCCAGAGAUAGUACAGAAUUUCCCGUACGGAGAGAAGGCUGACGUCUGGGCCCUGGGCUGUAUUCUGUAUCAGAUGUGUACACUACAGCCCCCAUUCUUCAGUGACAAUAUGUUGGUGCUUGUUAACAAGAUUGUGAAUGCGGAAUAUACAGCUAUUCCAGAGGGUGCUUACUCAGACAGAAUCAUCCAGACUGUCAGGAGCUGUAUAUGCAAAUCUGUGGAUGAUCGUCCAGAUACAGUUCAGCUGGCGUCGCAGAUCGCUGACAAACUCCUGGUGCAUGUGGACAACCUCAGGAUUAAUCAGAUCACACUUGAGAAAAAGCUAGAGAAGGAACAAAAGAAAUCACAAAGACAUUACUUUGAGGCCAACCAAAACAUGCAGAAGUACCAUCAGCUCUUCCAGAUUUCCCAGGAGAAGUAUGACCGCUUGGCCAACCUGGCUGGUAGUGGCGGGGCGGUGGCCUUGAAAGACGGGGACAUUAUUGACCCCAGUCUAGUGGAGGUUGAGUUCACACGAGCCUUACAGUCUGAGUCCCUCUCUUCAGGAGGUCUGUCUUCUGAUGAGGAGGAUGAAAGCUGCCCCAGUAGUGAGUGUGAGAGCAGGGAGAGCAGUGCUGGCAGUACCCGGGGGACCAGACGCCUCCCCUCCAUCCCUCGACCUCCCCACACCCCGAAGACAAGACGGGCCGAGCGCAGACCCAAGCGGUCAACGUUCACACUGUCACCUCUCAGUCUUGACAUUCCUAAUGGCCACUCUCGGACGAUUCGUGACUCAGGAUACAGUUCAGGAGAUCCAUCCCCUAGUAAUCUGACAUCGGCUUCGAGUUCCUCUGAUCUGCUCAUCAACGGCCACGAGCAGAGUUUGACAGCUCGGGACUACCAUCGCUCUAACAGCCUGCCUGCCCCUCAAUCUGUGGUCAGAAACAAGAAGAAAACCAAGAGACCCAACAGUGCUAACACCCCGACUGUGACAAUAUCCCAGCGUAAAGUCCGUCAGAUCAGCGACCCGAUUCAGCAGAUGAUGAAUCAGCUCCACAAAAUCCUGUAUAUCUGUCAGCUUCCACCCACACUGGAUCCACACCCUAAACGCAGACUGGUGGAGAAGUUCAAAAGGGCACUGUUUGCUACGGAUAGCAACAGCCUCAAUCUGAAGACAGAGGUCAAAAAGUUGAUGUCUGGAUCAAGGGAGAUAAUUGACAUGAACCUAGGGCCAGUAGAGAGUAAGCAAGUUAGCUCUGCAAGCUCUGUAGAAGGGGAGACCACUCCAGACGAUAAUACAGUGAACCAUCAGUUUGAUCCUGAUUUUAAAGAAGCAGGAAUUACUUAUGAACAAAUGCAGACCUACAUAGAAGGCAUUCUUAGUGACUGUGGCUACUAUAGCAGUUUGCCCAGUGCCCGGGGCAGAACACCACCCUUGGGCCCAAUAUUACCUAAAUAAACUUUUCAUCAAGUUGCCAGAGAGAGCAUCAGAAAUUCUGCUAGUUUUAGCUUUUGUCUGUGGGAGUUCAUCUUUGUGUUAUUGUUGGAAUAUACCUAGACCUUUGUUACUUAGAAGAUCAACAGAGAGGAUUGAGUUGUUAUGUUUUACAUUGUUUUAUUCCUUUCUCAAGGAAUCAGUCCUCAGAAAUCAUUCCUUUAAAGAAUUCCUUGAAUUUACAUGAUCAUUCCAACCCAUUGUUUAAUACAAGUGAAGUUCCUUCCAUAUUCUGCCAUAUUAAACAAAAAAAGAAGAGAAUUUUGUCGUUCUAAAGGGACAGAUGUUGCCCCAAUUCCUACUUAAUGUGAAAUUAACAAUAUACAGUCAAACCUGAAUAAUCCAGACACCAGUAAUCUGUAUCUUUUCCUUCUGAAGUGGUGAACAGAAUUUACAUUAUUUAACAUAAACUGUAUACCAAUUGUAAAGGAUACAUUUCAGUAAUCAUUUGCUGGGGAACACAAGCUUCUGGAUUUAAAUGUUUGAUUGUAUUAACAAAAAUGUUUUUUUUAAAAAAAACUUUUGACCAGCAUUAAUGUUUUUCUCAUAAUUACCAAAUCAAAAUAGUUGGUAUUUUAACCUCCAGAAGUUGUUGAGUUAUAAAGAGAAGUUUAAGAUUUGUUAUGGAGUUAUGUUGAAAUAAUUUACGUCUUCAUUUUUAAGACGAUGUACAUGUUGUUGAUGUUUUAUGAAUUUAGUGAUUUACAUCCAUUUUUUUUCUCAAAGGUGAUUUGUUAAAGCAUGCAUUUCCAGGGAACAUUUUUAUUCCCUAUAAAAUCACAUUCCAUUCAGUUCUGCGUAGAUAUCAGGUGUAGCUAUUGGAAGGGCACAAACAGAGCUGAGAUCUUAUAGUACACCAUCAAUGGAUUCAAUUGCUUCAUCACCUUAUUUUGAAAAAAAUCACCUCAUGAAAAAUCGUUUUUGAUAUUUUUUCCAUUACGUUUUAUAUGAUUCCCUCCAAAAAUUGGCACUUAUUUAUGUUUAUUCAUUUUUAUUUUUGAACCAAAUCUGUAUUUCAUUUAUUUUCCACAAAAUUUAUAUUUUUACAUGUAAGCCGUCCAUGGUCACCCUAUGUUUGAUGUAUUUAUUUUGUUUGGAGUUUGCCAGUAUCUACAUGUAUUUAUCUCAUCUCUUCAGUACUAUUAAGAGAUUUCAUAAUUGUUUCCACUUUGAUUAUGAGUAUAAAAAAUAAUUUAAGUUUUAGGCAAGCAAGAAGAAAUUGUGGAAGUAUGUUUAGUGUUAAAUUGACUGAAAAUUCACCAAGGGGUCUCUGUACAAUUCAGUAGAAAAAAAAAUUCACAUGAAAUAUUCAUGGAUUGGGAAAGAGGGGAGGGGAAGGGUAAUUUAUUUUAGACCUUUUUGUUUGAAAUUAUUUAUUUUAAUUGUGUACAUUGUUUAUCAUGACUAAUUUAAUCCCACACAUAAAAGUGCUAUAGGAUAUACAUUGACCAGCUAUUAUUUAGUGUGAAGUGUGAAGUAUCCAUUUCUAUAAAAUAAAAAUUGAUGCAGUUUAGGUAGAGGUGGCUAUUUGCCUAGUUUUAUUCAAAUGAUUCUCAAAGAGAAAUAUUUAUGCACAGCAGAUACCUAGUAUUUAUAAUAUAAUGGUCAUUGUUAAAUGAUUAUGUAUACAAUUAUUAUUAUGUAUACAAUUAUAAUCUCGGUGUGGUGUAAACAGUGUUGGUUCCUGGGAUUUUUCCCUGCCUAUUUUGUUGUGGUUUAUAUACCGUCCAUUUUUAUUUCUAGGUUGCAUGUUGUGAAAUUUAAUUAUUGUUGAUAAUGUUAUGAUAAAUUAAUAAAUUAUUUAAUAUGUUUAAUAUAUAUAAAAUAAAAUUAUUAAUUAUGAAAUAAUGUACUGAUAUUGCUGUUCAGGUUUAGUUCUCACUGAUUUUUGUUGAUUGUUUUUAUCUUAUGACAAAAUAAUAUAGAUUUCUUUAUGUUAGUGAUCUGCAUGUGUGAUGACACUUCAUGCAUUUAUGUUGAGGUUUUUUAUGUAAUAUUCUGAAUUUAUGCAAGUAUUUGAGGUUGCAAUUUAUUUAUUUAUUAUUUGCCAUUAGUAACUAUAAAACUUACAAGAAAAUGGUGUCAGAGAAAAAGAGGGGGUGCUAAAUAUUUUAUCAUGGGAUUCCAUACUCAAGUCAGAUUAAGAUAUUGUGCAUUCUUUUUCCAUUUAAAAUAUCUAUAAAACUUUUCAUGAAUUUCAUAAUCAUAUUGUAUAGUGGUAAGUCAUUUCUGUUUUCUUUGUCAUUCAUUCAUUCAUUUCUCUCUCUCAAAAAAAUCAUUUAUUAAGUAUUGUCUCAUUCAUUAAUAGUUAAUUCAUUCAUACAUGAGUUAUACCCCUUGUUUUGUGUGUUUUUAUUUUUUCCGUCCAAUUUUAAUCCCAAAUUUCACAGUCA